CAGGCAGGUGAGUGAGAAGCGAGAAAGUGGACGUUGUGCGCGUGCGUGCCGCGCUCCCCGGGAAGCUGCCCCGAGGUGCUCCCAGCGCCCCCAAGCGGCUGCUCGCUUGCCCACCCUCAGUCCGGGUUCUGAGAUUGCGAGGCUGCGGCUGCCACGCUUGGCCCCGCCCAGGCCCCGCCCCAGUCCCGCUCCCGGCCCCCUCUAGCUGCUGCUCCUCCUCCUGCUCUGAGGUUUCUUUCCUCGGCUCGGCUCCGGGACGCGGCAGCUGCAGGGGCUGCGAAGGUUGUGACUCUAGUUCUGCUCUUCUUGCUUGGCCUCGCCUUGCCUCGCCUCCUUUGUGCUCAGGCUCCGGCGGCGUCGACCCUGACCCCGCUUGCUCCGCCUCCUGCUGCUGCUCCCUCCGUUCCCUUAGCCCCGCUAGCUCCCGGGCCCGGAGGCCUCCGUCGGCGGCGCGGCCGGCAUUCGAUGCCUGGCGGCGGCACCCACUGAACUACAUCUCCCCCGCCGCCGCUGCCGCCUUCUUUCCUGGUUAGCGGAAGACCAUGUCUGCGGCUUCGGGAGCCGGCUCGAACGUCGAAGCGGGCUUCUCCAGCGAGGAGUUGCUAACGCUCCGCUUCCCGCUGCAUCGCGCCUGCCGAGACGGGGACCUAGUGGCGCUCUGCUCUCUGCUUCAACACACACCCCGCGCCCACCUGGCCGCCGAGGACUCCUUCUAUGGCUGGACGCCCGUGCACUGGGCCGCACACUUCGGCAAGUUGGAGUGCUUAAUACAGCUGGUGAGAGCUGGAGCCACUCUGAAUGUCUGUACAACACGGUUUGCCCAAACACCUGCCCAUAUUGCUGCUUUUGGAGGACAUCCUGAGUGCCUGAUCUGGUUGAUCCAAGCUGGAGCCAACAUUAACAAACAGGAUUGUGAGGGUGAAACUCCUAUUCACAAAGCUGCACGUUCUGGUAGUAUGGAUUCUAUAAGUGCUCUUGUGGCUAAUGGAGCUCAAAUCGACUUAAGAAAUGCCAGUGGCCUGACAGCAGCAGACAUUGCACAUACCCAGGGUUUCCAAGAAUGUGCCCAGUUUCUCUUGAACCUCCAGAAUUGUCAUCUGACUCGUUUCUAUAAUAAUGGAACCUUAAAUGGGGUUCAUCAGAAUGCAUUUCCUAAUCAUGUUAGUGGUGGGACAAAUCGAAAGCGGUCCUUUGAAGAUGUCGAGUCUGCUGGAAUAAAGAAGGCUAGAACUGAAGCUCCAAGCUUUCUUUGCUCCAUACCACAAGUGAACGGAGGAGCUGGUGAUGAUGCUGACAGUAUGCACAUUGAUAGAGAGUUUGCUGUUGUAUCAGGUGGGAGUGGACAGUUUCCUGUUAACUGCAACAACAUUCAAAUGGUUGAAGACAUCAAACAACAGGAGAGUGGUUCUAUUGGACCAAAAGAGAUAGAAAUUUAUACAGUUUCAGCAAUGCAAACCCCUUGUCGUUAUAUGAAUAGCAGUAGCUCCGUUUUGAAUACAUUGACAAGUGGAUAUGCCACCAAUGGACAUUUGGACUUCCCUUCCACGACACAGCUCAAUGGGAUGGAAAACGGAAAUGGAGAAUGCUUAACAGCACCCAAUGGAAUUAGCAAUGGAUUAAUUCCAGGACUGACUUUUGCAACUAGCCAGAAAACUCCCUCUGUUAAUGGUGCUGAAGAAUCAGAAAAGUCUAUGAACAUUUCUCCUGACAUGUGUGGCUCUCUGCACCUGAACGGGAGCCCUAGUAGCUGUGUAGCUAAUAGACCUUCCUGGUUAGAUGAUAUUGGAGAUAAUUUGCACUAUGGACAUUACCAUGGGUUUGGGGACACAGCUGAGAGCAUCCCAGAACUUAAUAGCGUUGUUGAGCAUUCCAAUUCUGUUAAAGUGGAAGAGAAGUACGAUAAUACUAUCUUGGGCACAAUGCACCUUUAUCAUGGUUCCUAAAAGGCAUUGUAUAUUUUCUUCACUUGAAACACAUUGAUUUAUACUGUUGACUGACUUUUGGAGGAAAUAUCCAUGUAGCAUUAAUUUUGAGGAAUGCCAAAACUACCUUUUUUUUAACACCGAUUUAUUGGAAAAAGUAAAGCUUCCCAUUUGAUGGUUUCCUAAUUAAAGUGAAGUCUUAGUUUGUUGCAUGAGUGGGACUUAGUGACUAGGUAUUGUUACAGUGGGAUGCUCUUUCGGAAUUAAGUUCCUUUUUUUUAACAUUUACUGGUCACCAAGCCCAAUACUAGCACCAAAAAUUGAUAUUUUUCCUGUCAAACCAGAGUUGUAUACAGUGGAGAUAGAAAUUAAGAGGCCAAAAAGAAUUGUCUUGAUUACUUUCCUAAGUUUAUUAUACCUGUUCAGAGGUAUAAAAACUUUCAUUUACUUUUCUAGUUGAGUAAAAGAGAAGACCAUAUUCUCUCCUUUUAUAAGGUCAGAACUAUUUCAACCUUAGAAUAGAUUGCUCAUACCAAUCUCAAUGUUUAUAUGGAGGAAAAGACUUUUGUCUUGAGUUCAGUUACAUUUGAAAAUGAGUUCACCUUUUAGACGCUAAAAUUUGUCAUUGGACAUGUAUAGUCCAUUCUUUGGUGUCAGAGAAUUACCAAAUUAAAUAUUUGGGUUUCUGACAUGAAUGAAGUACGGUGGAACCCAGCUCAGUGUUUGGUUGCAAACAGAGACAGCCUGGAGUUAAUCCUAUGUUAGAAUAUUUUUAUCUUGCAUUUUUACUUUAUGUGCUUAACACUUUACCAUAGAUUGUCCACUGAUGGGAUGUUAGCACGGUUUACUUUAUAUGCAAUGAAAAUUACUGUUGUUUGUAGAAUUUGUUAGGUCGGAGUAUUUCAAUUUGAUUGUUUUUUGAUACAUGUUGGAUUUCCCUUUUCCAUCUCCACUCUCUGGAGGUAUAUUCUGCUUUAGACUUCUUCUGCUAUGUAUAUUUAGCCAGUUGAGAGACUCUUGAAGGAGUCUCACACUGAAUUUGUAUUGUUUAUAGUUUUAUACAAGUCAACAUUGAUGCAGUUAGUAGUGACACUGCAAGUAUUGUCAUUUUCUGCUUUGGUGAUUUCAUAAUGAAGAAUGGUGUGAUGGAGAAAUGUUAAAUGAGUAAAUUAGUGUCCUAAGCGAACUACACCAUCUUUUUUUUGUUUGUUUAAAAAGGGACCUUUCCAAAUAAAAUAAAUUUCUUAUAUGCUCAA